AUGUCUCUGCAAGCCUCACAACGAGUUUGUCCUGGUUUGAGUUUUGGGCAUCCGACAGGCUUCUCAAAUUCAACGAGGCCCAUGGUCAGUGAUCCAUCAUUAAUCCGGAGCAAUUUCCUGCAUCUACCAAGAUGGAUUGUACCAAGCGAUACUGUCUACAGGAUUUCGAUGGCUGAUUUGGCUGAAGCCUGGCCACUCCCACAUCCCGGCGAUUCUUUUGUUCCCGCUCCUCUUUUGCCCGUGGUCACAGAUUAUGGUUACUCGUCAACCGCAGAUUCUUGGAACAUAUUCUACGAGACCUAA